AUGUCGUUAUCGCAGUCGAUAAAAAACCUCAUCCGCCACGGUGGGAAACAAGGGCGAUCUACACAACCAGCCCCGGCCCAUGACGAUCCUACGACACAAGUCUCGCCCGUCAACGCCGUACAGCAUCCCCAGCAGCAACAUCGAGUUCUGCAUAUAGAGAAUCCACAUGCCCUUCCCACAGAUCCCAACGCCCAUACCGAUAUAAACAUGGCGCACCAAGCACAUCAAGCUCCACACGCGGACGCGUAUUCAGCACUGGAUGCCGACGGGCAAAAUAGAGCGGCGCAAGCCGGGAACGUCGCCGCCAAUGCUGCAGGCCAGAAGCAGAAAAUGAGCAAGAAGGUCGAGACCGAAGAAUUGAAGCGAAUAGUCGAGGAGGAGAAGGCGAGCAAGAACAAGCUGCCAAGGUAUCCAGGUUUAGAACGGUGGCAACUGCUCGAGAAGAUGGGAGACGGCGCUUUUAGCAAUGUGUAUCGAGCGCGGGAUCUAGAUGGUACAGCCGGAGAGGUUGCCAUCAAAGUCGUCCGCAAAUUCGAGAUGAACUCGAGCCAGGGUGACGCGGCUCUUCAUCCGGAUUUUAAGAAGCAGCCAAAGGUCGUGGAGCGGGCGAAUAUCCUCAAAGAGGUUCAAAUUAUGCGGCAGCUGGACCACCCCAAUAUCAUCAAGCUUAUCGACUUCUCCGAAUCCAAGCAAUACUACUACAUUAUCUUAGACUUGGCCCCCGGUGGCGAGUUAUUCCACGAGAUCGUCCGCCUCACGUACUUCAGCGAGGAUCUGUCAAGACACGUUAUCACUCAAGUUGCACGUGCGUUAGAAUAUCUCCAUGAAGAGAAAGGCGUCGUUCACCGAGACAUAAAACCCGAGAACCUAUUAUUUACGCGAAUACCUUUUGUUCCAACGAAGAAUCCCGCACCAAAGGCCCCGGGAGACGAGGAUAAGGUAGACGAAGGGGAGUUCAUCAAGGGUGUAGGAGCUGGCGGCAUCGGACAAGUCAAGCUUGCCGAUUUUGGACUCAGCAAGGUCGUUUGGGACAAGUCAACCAUGACGCCUUGUGGCACGGUCGGAUAUACAGCACCGGAGAUAGUAAAGGAUGAGCGAUAUUCGAAAAGUGUCGACAUGUGGGCCUUGGGUUGUGUGUUAUAUACACUUCUAUGUGGCUUCCCGCCAUUCUACGAUGAAAGCAUCCAGGUACUCACGGAGAAGGUUGCCCGGGGACAGUAUACUUUCUUAUCGCCAUGGUGGGAUGAUAUCUCCAAACCGGCCCAAGACCUAGUCUCGCACCUCCUAACGGUCGAUCCUGUCAAGCGAUAUGAUAUUCGAGAAUUCUUAGCUCAUCCGUGGAUCCGAGGUACUGAGGAACCAACAUACCCUGCUCAAGACGCACCACCCCUGGCGACUCCAGCUACUGAGCGCGAGAAUCAACUCGGCCUUCUAAAACCUUUCAAUCUUGACCUUAUGGAUUCCCCAGGCAAACGUAUGGACUUCCGAAGCCCAGGCGCGGUCAACCUGCGUGAAGUGUUUGAUGUCAGCUAUGCUGUCCAUAGGCAAGAAGAGGAAGGAAAGCGCCGAAAGAAUUUCAAGCAGGGGUUCCGCGGAGCCGCAGCCAUGAACAACUUAAAUCCUAUCGACGAUGACGACUUUGAGGAGGAUGAUAAUUAUGCCGAGACCGUUCCAUCGAAGGUCCCAAGGUCUAAAGAGGCGGACGUCCAGCAUGUAGAGCAGACACUGAAGAACACAAAUCUCAACGCUGCAAGGGCACCACAAAAGGGAUACGGUCAACACAGUGCCGCGGUUACAGCAGCCGCGAAGCAACAAGUCCGAAACGCAAGAGGACCAUUCGAGCUUAACCUCGAAGGCGCAACGCUAUUGGGUCGAAGAGGGAAGAACAUCCCAAGUUCAUUACGGGAGUCAACCGCCGUGCAGUAG